AUGGCGAACGCUUCCUUCCCAACUCCCAGCAACAGAUCGGCACGAGGAAAGCCUGUCCUGAAACUGGUGCAUCGACAUGGCCCUUGCAAUGAUCCCUUCCCAGAAGCGUCGUCCAUAGAGAUUGAACAAGUUUUCAGGGAGACCCUCCAGCAGGACCAGCUGCGAGUCGAUUGGCUUAACUCAAGGAUAGCAGCAUCUUCUUCGUCCUCCUCACAUGACAAGCAGCAACCAAAAGACCUGCUGCAAACGGAUGCCACCACAGAGCUUCCCACAUACGUCGGAACCCCACUGGGCGUCUUAACUUACAUUGUAACGGUGGGCCUCGGCACACCCACCACAAGAUUCAGCCUCUCCUUCGACACGGGCAGCGACCUCUCCUGGGUCCAGUGCCUCCCUUGCUCCCCAUGCUACCAGCAGCAGGGCCCUACGUUCGCACCGUUCGCUUCCUUCACCUACAGAACUGUGCCCUGCUCUGCACCGGAGUGCUUCCUGGCGAUGCUCGACUACGGCACCGGUGGGUGCACGACCUCCGACGUCUGUGUCUAUGAGGUUCACUACGGGGACAAAUCCUCGACAAGUGGGUACCUCAGCAAGGACACCCUGACCUUAACAGCCCUACACAGGUUCCCGGGGUUCACCUUUGGGUGCGGCCACAAGAACCAGGGAUCGUUCGGGAAGACCGGAGGACUCCUUGGACUGGGACGCGGCAGCGUCUCUUUAAUAUCCCAAACUGCCCACACGUAUCGCCGGACGUUUGCCUACUGCCUCCCGACGGUAAGCAUGACGGGUUACUUGGUCUUGGGUCCCGACCCAUCUUACGCCUCCGCCAAGUUCACACCCUUGCUCCUUCAUCAUUUAGCUCCCUUCUACUUCUUUGCUUUGGUCGGAAUCAGUGUAAAUGCGCAGCCAUUACUGGUUAAUUCUUCCAGCUUCGCCGACCCCGGCACCAUUCUCGACUCGGGGACCGUCAUCACCCGGCUACCGCCGGAGGCUUACAGUGCACUGAGGGCCAGUUUCCGGGCUUUCAUGUCCAAGUACCCGCUGACCGAGCCAGACGGUAUCCUGGACACCUGCUAUGACUUUUCUGGUUACCCAAUCGUUGAUUACCCUUCCAUCGCAUUCAACAUUCUGGGAGGCAUCGAUUGGGUGCUCAACUGGGAGAACAUCUUUUACCCUGCGGACGGGACGCUGUCUCAGGUGUGCUUGGCAUUUGCUCCCUUGGAGGAUGAGAGUAGCGUGGCUAUCAUAGGCAACUGGCAACAGAAGGGUACUUUGCUGGUGCAUGACAUCCCCAACGCCAGGCUUGGGAUCAAACAAGAAGCGUGCAACUAUUAGGGCCUUCUGCUUGGAUUCCCUGACUUACUUUCUCGUGGAUUCGUUACCAUCUUUGUAUAUUGGCUUAAACUGUGCCAAUCCAUUUCUUACUGUGGCUUUUUUUUUCUUGGAUUUGGUAAAAUUGAGUUCUGCCUUCUCCCAAGUCGCAUGCUCUGCACUCUCAGAUUUUAACUUUCCUCUACAUAUGAUUUCGGAGACAAAACGAAGACAGAACUCAAUUAUUGUUAUGCCUGAUGAUUAUUAGCCAUGAAAACAUUGACACACCGAGA